GAAGAUGGGAGGAGUGAUGUGGUGGGUCGAGGCGGGCGGCGCGAUCCGCGAAGUGGCGACCAGAGAGAGCGGCCGCCUCCUUCUCUGCCGCCACCGCCGCACCUGAUCGGCUGGGGUGGUGGACCAGAAACCGUCGCCUUUCCCCUGGCUCCAGCGGAGCGCCCGGCUUCCCGAAGCGCUUGCCCAUGGCUUCAUCCGGCAGUGGCGUGGAGGAGGUGCGCGUCUCGGUGUUGACCCCGCUCAAGCUGGUGGGGCUGGUAUGCAUCUUCCUGGCAUUGUGUCUGGAUCUGGGAGCCGUGCUGAGCCCGGCCUGGGUGACGGCCGAUCAUCAGUCUUAUCUGUCCCUCUGGGAGUCCUGCAACAAACUCGGCAACCCGGAGACCUGGCGCUGCAAAACUACCUUGAACAGCGACUGGCAGAUUGCUACCCUUUCCAUGCUGUUGGGUGGAGCUGCCAUAAUUCUUAUAGCGUUCUUGGUUGGACUAAUUUCUAUCUGUGUGGGAUCACGGAGGAGGUUCUACAGGCCUGUUGCUGUCAUGCUCUUUGCAGCAGUGGUUCUUCAGGUGUGCAGUCUCGUCCUUUACCCAAUCAAGUUCAUUGAAACUGUCAACUUAAGAAUAUACCAUGAGUUCAACUGGGGCUAUGGCCUGGCUUGGGGUGCAACUAUAUUUUCAUUUGGGGGUGCCAUACUUUAUUGUCUGAACCCUAAGAACUAUGAAGACUACUACUAAAGGAAACUUCUUUUGUAAGGAAAGGAAUGAAACAAGGAUUGUCCUGUCUUUUAUAAGUGUUUUUAGUACUUUUGUAGAGUGUCAGGCUGUCUACUCUAUUAUUAGCCAUUAACUUUUGGCUAUAACUACUGCAAAUAGCUUUUUAACACCUCUUUAAAAAAAACCUAAUGAAUUACAUCUGCUGAUCAGUCUGUAGUGAAAUGAAAGAAGUGGCAGCUACGGUAAGAAAGGUAAUGGAUAUUUAAAAAAAGCAGUUGUAUUUGCUAUUUGCUAGCACAAGAAUUGUGCAAUUGCCUCCUUAUAUCAUACGUGAUUCAAAUAUGCUGAAGCUUAUCAACUUAGGCUCCUGUUUUUAUUGGUCCUCUGGGAGUCUUACACAAAAUAAAUGGCUGAAUGACUGGACACUGAGAGAAGAGAAGACAAUUGAUUAGUACGUGCAUUUAACAGUUCUCUAACAAGAUGAAUUUAUACAUUUUCCAGCCAGCUGUGGUAUAUCAACAAGUCAAAACUUAGAACAUAUACUUCAAAUUAUGUGGUUGGACAUUCUGUCUCAGCUGAAACCAAGUUCUGGAAAUAAUGUGGAGAACGAGACAAAUGUGGAUAAUGACACAAAUCUAUUGAGAAUUUUCAAAGGUGGGGGAAGUGGUUAAAAUUUGCAUGAGCUACUUUUAUCUUGACUGCCAUUUCAUUUCCAAGCACCACAGUAAAGUUUUCAUGAGCAGUGUUUGAAAAUGCUUUAUAGGAGGCAUUUAUUGAUAUCUCUAUAAUUAUAGAAUUAUGGAGAUAAAACAUGACAUCAUAACCUAAUGGUAGAGUGCAGGCACAGAAACUCUUAAAUUACUGUCAGUUUACAAGAGGUUUCUGUAACUAUUGAUUAGGCUUAAAAAUUAAUUAAAAUUAAUGUUGCUUAUCUACAAUUUGAACUGUCAGGAAAUAAGUGCUUGAAAUGGGAUGAGAUGUCUUCAGUCAUCAUAGUCAUCACAACAGGUCAUGGAUUAUUAUGUGGCAAAUGAGACACAAUGAAUUUCAGGUAUGCAUGGUAUCAGGUUCCCAUCUUUUCCUCUAGCAUGAUAAUAUAAGGGGAUAUAUAUGGAGAUUUGUUUCCUUAGAUUAAUUACAGCUUCCCAUUUUAUCCAAACUGGAUAAACUGUGCUAAAUUUUCACUAUAAGCCAAUUUCAAACUAUAGAUUCUGAAACUAGCUUUUUCAAACAAACCUUAGUUAAUGUUAACUACAUUUUUUUUCAAAAAUAAAAAUUUAAUUUAGAGAGAUGAAUGUGACAUUACUUUGACUUUAAAUAAAAAACUUCUGAUCUACUUCUCUGAGCAACAAUUGCAGGAAGAUUGGAAGGUCUGUAAGAAUCUAAGGCUCGCCUAGGUUAGCUCUUAACAUGAUGAAUAAGAGUUUGUGACAAUUCUUAUGCUGCCAGUGUGUUUGUUUGCCAUAAAUAUAAUUAUUUGCAGAUAAAAACAAACAUCAUUUUUAAAUGGAAGCAUCUAUAAGAAUUAAGGUAAUAUUAAUAUAAAAGGAAGAAUAUAUACCUACACACAAACACAAAUUUCUGAGAUCAGUUGUUGGUCUAACAAGAUCUUGCCAAUCUUUAAUGAUAUAUUUUGUAGAGACAUGACUUUGGCUGAAAAGCCAUAUUGAUAAAUAUAUUUCAAUAAGGAGUAGGGAAAAAUAUUACUGUUAAACUCACUGGGAACUAAAACUAGAGAAAAUGAAGUAUAACACAAUUUAGACAUUGUAUUUGAAAAAAAUACUAAUGUGACAAAUCACUUUUUAGAUAAAAUUUGAUUUUUUUUAAAAAGAAACUAAGCAACCAUGUCUUUUCCAUAGGGACUACCAGGGAUGUAUUAUGAAAAUCAUAAAUUAUUGUUAUGGUAAAUGAAUAAAUUAUACUUUUUUCCUCCAGAUAUAGAUCUAGAUGAGAGUUCUUUGCAAUUAUCAUUGCUUGCUUAAUUUAUUUCCUAUUCAAAUUUUGC